AUGGAUGGACUCAAUGCCUCGGAGCAGCGCGAGUUCGCUUCUCGCAUGGAGCGGAAGCAAAUGAAGGAAUUCAUGACUAUGUACUCCAAGAUGGUCCAGCGAUGCUUCGAUGACUGUGUCAAUGACUUCACCACCAAGUCUCUCAUCAACCGUGAAGAGAGCUGUGUCCUGCGCUGUGUCGACAAGCACCUCAAGGGCUCCGCGCGAUUGAAUGAGCGCUUCCAGGAACAGAAUGCCGCCAUGAUGCAGGGUGCCCAGGGACCCGGUCGGUAA